ACAAAAGUGGCAGCUCCACACUAAACAGCUGUUUAAUAUUAUUUAUUCGGCAAUCACAUAAUCGUGAAUUGUUACUAUUUGUUAUAUAUUCAAGAGAAAGAAAAGUUCCUCAAAUGGCGGGAACUAAAAUGUUACGCUCGUUGUUACAUGAAUUACGACAAGCUGCUCACUCGCCUGGCAACAUUAAAGACUCUUUGGCCGCCCGCUAUAUUCUGGCACAAUACAAAAAAUAUGAGACGACCGAUCAACAACUAUGCAAGGCACGCGACGAGGCAGCAUUUUUGGGCCAAACUUAUUUAACAUAUCUGAGCAGUCUGCGCAGAUACAGUGAGCUAUACAAGGAGUAUCAUGGUCGUGGCGAGCGCACAGUGAAAGAAACAGCAGACCGUGUUGGCUUCAAGUUGCCUACAGAUCCCAAGUGAUGGGACGUUACUAAUGUAGAUAAACUAUGCAGUGCUCAGCAAUAAAUAUUGAACAAAUUA